ACCCCGCCCCGCGCCGCCCCGCGCCGGCUCCGCGGCUCCGCAGCUCACGACCGCCCGCCCGCCGGCCCGCCCGGCGCCGGGCAAUGGCGCUGCUGCGGGACGUGUCGCUGCAGGAUCCGCGGGACCGCUUCGAGCUGCUGCAGCGCGUGGGGGCCGGGACCUAUGGCGACGUCUACAAGGCCCGAGACACGGUCACGUCCGAACUGGCCGCGGUCAAGAUAGUCAAGGUAGACCCAGGGGACGACACCAGCUCCCUCCAGCAGGAAAUCACCAUCCUGCGUGAGUGCCGUCACCCCAAUGUGGUGGCCUACAUUGGCAGCUACCUCAGGAAUGACCGCUUGUGGAUCUGCAUGGAGUUCUGCGGAGGGGGGUCCCUGCAGGAGAUAUACCACGCCACCGGGCCCCUGGAGGAACGACAGAUUGCCUAUGUCUGCCGGGAGGCACUGAAGGGGCUACACCACUUGCAUUCUCAGGGGAAGAUCCACAGAGACAUCAAGGGAGCCAAUCUUCUCCUCACCCUCCAGGGAGAUGUCAAGCUGGCCGACUUUGGGGUGGCAGGCGAGCUGACGGCAUCUGUGGCUAAGAGGAGAUCUUUCAUUGGGACUCCUUACUGGAUGGCCCCGGAGGUGGCCGCCGUGGAACGCAAAGGAGGCUACAACGAGCUAUGUGAUGUCUGGGCCCUGGGCAUCACCGCCAUCGAGCUGGGCGAGCUGCAGCCCCCUCUUUUCCAUCUGCACCCCAUGAGGGCCCUGAUGCUCAUGUCGAAGAGUAGCUUCCAGCCGCCCAGGCUGCGAGACAAGACUCGCUGGACCCAGAACUUCCACCACUUCCUCAAGCUAGCCUUGACCAAGAACCCCAAGAAGAGGCCAACGGCAGAGAAGCUUCUGCAGCACCCAUUCACAACCCAGCAGCUCCCUCGGGCUCUGCUCACACAGCUGCUGGACAAAGCCAAUGACCCCCACCUCGGAACCCCUUCCCCUGAGGACUGUGAUCUCGAGGCUUAUGACGUGUUUCCAGACACCAUUCACUCCCGGGGUCAGCACGGCCCGGCCGAGAGGACCCCCUCAGAGAUCCAGUUUCACCAGGUGAAAUUUGGUGCCCCGCGCAGGAAGGAAACGGACCCACUGAACGAGCCGUGGGAGGAGGAGUGGACGCUGCUGGGAAAGGAGGAGCUGAGUGGGAGCCUGCUACAGUCAGUCGAGGAGGCCCUGGAGGAAAGGAGUCUGACCAUCCGGCCAGCCUCAGAACUCCAGGAGCUGGACUCCCCAGACGAUGCCAUGGGAACCAUCAAGCGGGCCCCCUUCUUGGGGCCACCCCCUGCUGAGCCUCCAGCUGAAGACCCUCUGUCCAGCCCCCUGGGAACCCCACCCCCACCUCUCCCAGGCCCUAACAGCCCCCCACUGCUCCCCACUGCCUGGGCCACCAUGAAGCACAGGGAUGAUCCUGAGAGAUCAUCCUGCCACGGGCUCCCCCCCACCCCCAAGGUGCAUAUGGGCGCCUGCUUCUCCAAGGUCUUCAAUGGCUGCCCCCUGCGGAUCCACGCUGCUGUCACCUGGAUUCACCCUGUCACCCGCGACCAAUUUCUGGUGGUGGGGGCCGAGGAAGGCAUCUACACCCUCAACCUGCACGAACUGCACGAGGACACACUGGAGAAGCUGAUCUCGCACCGCUGCACCUGGCUCUACUGCGUGAACAACGUGCUGCUGUCACUCUCAGGGAAAUCCACGCACAUCUGGGCGCAUGACCUCCCGGGCCUGUUUGAGCAGCGACGACUACAGCAACAGGUUCCCCUCUCCAUCCCCACCAACCGUCUCACGCAGCGCAUCAUCCCCAGGCGCUUUGCCCUGUCCACCAAGAUCCCAGACACCAAAGGCUGCCUGCAGUGUCGUGUGGUGCGGAACCCCUACACGGGCAGCACCUUCCUGCUGGCCGCCCUGCCCGCCAGCCUGCUCCUGCUGCAGUGGUACGAGCCGCUGCAGAAGUUCCUGCUGCUGAAGAACUUCUCCAGCCCCUUGCCCAGCCCGGCGGGGAUGCUGGAGCCACUGGUACUGGAUGGGAAGGAGCUGCCGCAGGUGUGUGUGGGGGCUGAGGGCCCCGAGGGGCCCGGCUGCCGAGUUCUGUUCCAUGUCCUGCCCCUGGAGGCCGGUCUGACGCCUGACGUCCUCAUACCACCUGAGGGGCUCCCGGGCACAGCCCAGCAGGUGAUCCAGGUGGACAGGGACACAGUCCUAGUCUGCUUUGACCGCUGCGUGAGGAUUGUCAACCUGCUGGGUGAGCCCACGGCCACACUGGCGCCUGUGCUAACCUUUGACUUCCCCAUUGAGACUGUGGUGUGCCUGCAGGACAGCGUGCUGGCCUUCUGGAGCCACGGUAUGCAAGGCCGAAGCCUGGACACCAACGAGGUGACUCAGGAGAUCACAGACGAGACAAGGAUCUUUCGAGUGCUCGGGGCCCACAGAGAUAUCAUCCUUGAGAGCAUUCCCACGGACAACCCAGGGGCUCACAGCAACCUCUACAUCCUCACGGGCCAUCAGAGCAGUUACUGAGAGGGUCAGGUCUGGCCGGUGGCAUUCUGCUGUCCUGCCCCCAGGCCUUAGCGGCAUUCCCCUUUAGGCAGUGGCGCCUCCCGGAUCCGAGAGGCCCAGGCUCUGCUGGUCUGAAGGGCAGAAAUAAUUCUGAGAAGAGUUUCGGGGCUGUGGAGGGGAGGGGAGCCCACCCCAGGCCCCUGCGAUAACUGGACCAGAGGAAGCUGCUGUCCCCUCCCCUACCCCCGUGGGCAACCCGGGCCCUGUGACAAGGGCCCCGGGCAGGGUGGGAGCAGGCCCGGGCGAUCCAUUCCAUUUUGUUCCACGUUUCUUUUCCAUUCUUCUUGCCAAGAGCCUGCCCCUGCCCCCUGUCCUGGGGAACAUGGUAUUUAAAAGAGAGACUAUAUUGGUAUUAAAGCUGGUUUGAUUUUA